GUCGGUGACGUCAUCGGCGGCUAAGGGGCGGAGCGAACCUUCUUGCAACUUUGGAUGAACUUCUGAGUCGAACAAACGGCAGGCAGGCAGUGAGGAAACACACACUUACUCACACUCUACACGGCCAGAAGAAGACACAAAGUGUACAAAUUCGGGACGUCUUAUUAUUUUUUAUUUUUUUGAAUGAACAUCCGUGACUGACAAGCGAAGGUGUGUUUUUGUCAUCUCUUAACGAGCGAAGGGAUGAGAAGGUUCCGUGAAUGAAAAAGGUGGUGGUUGGAAGAUAACCAGGUAGCCACGGAAAAAGGAGAGCUGCAGGGCUGAAUGUGUCUUUAAGACUCUUGCCACUUCACUACCAGUGGGCAUUAUGUUGAAGCCAAUCUAAACACCCCAUUUCUACCUGUGCCCUCCCUUUCCCUAAAGCCCCAACUUCACAAUGACCAGUCUCAAGCGUUCCCAGACGGAACGAUCCGUUGGGGGCUCAGUCCCGGCUACCGAUGAGUUCUAUACUCGCCGUUUGCGUCUUCCCAAUGGAGGUGCUCCUCCACCCCGCAGCGAGAGCGCUCAUAUUUCCUCUUCUUCCACCACCGGCACCAACCCCGCUGUCCCCAAGAUGGGAGUUCGGGCUCGUGUGGCUGACUGGCCCCCGAGAAAAGAUGGGGGAGGGGGAGGUGUUUGGCAUAUUACAGUGGAAACUGACUCACCCAGUUCCAACACAACCAGCUCCUCUGGAAGUGGUGGAAGUGGAGACCGAGAAAGACUUGGGGGAGGUGGUGGUAGUGGUGGCGGUGGCAGUGGUGGAGGCGUCUCAGCAGUCACAGCCCACAGCAAUUUGUCAGCCAAGCUGGGCCAUCUCAUCAGCCCCCAGGACUCAUCCAUGCUCCGCAAUAUCCAGAACACACUGAAGAACAAGAUGCAAAUGAAGGGAAAGGACAAUCGUUUUUUGUCACCUGAUGGCUACCUUGGUUCACCUCGUAAAGGUAUGAGACGCAUCCGACAGCGAAGUAACAGCGAUAUAACAAUUAGUGAACUGGACGGUGAUGGUAAUGAGGGCUGGUCUUUCUCUGGGUGGACUCCCAUGCACCGAGAGUACGGCAGCACUUCAUCAAUAGACAAACAUGGUGUGUCAGGGGAGAGUUUUUUUGACAUGCUCAAAGGAUACCAGUCGUCCGAGGCCCCCGAUCAAAGAAGUCCAGCCCCAGAAAGGUUAACCGAGCUGCUGACUGUGGCCCCUGUGAAACAGACUGCCCUGGAUUUGCCUGAUGGACCCAUGGGACCAGCCAGAGGUAGUCCUGCAAGUCGGCUUAAGGAAAGAGAGAAGCACUUGAAAAGGAGGUCCAAGUCUGAGACGGGUGGAGAGUCAAUAUUCCGCAAGUUGCGUAGUGUAAAAGUAGAAGGUGACACAUCGAGAGCUGGGUCAGAUGCUGAGGAUGGUGGGAAAGGGGACGAGAGUGUGCCCCCUCCUAAACCUUGGAUGUGCCAAAAGGGCUUCGCCCAUUUUGAUAUUCAUUCGUUACUCUUUGACCUCAAUGAGGUCAUCCAAAGCCGCCAGUCGGGAGCCAAACGCAAAAACACCACUACCGGUGCCUCGGCUGCCGCUGCCGCUUCCGCCACGUCGUCCCUCUCCUCCAGUCAGAGCGUAGUGUAUGGCUCGCCAUGCGGCUCGCAGGAGGAGCUGAGUAAAGAAGGGCUAGGUGGACAUGGUGCCAACCCGGCUUUGGACCCGGGCGACGACAAGAGCAACGACCUGGUGCUCAGUUGCCCGUGUUUCAGGAACGAGAUUGGUGGAGAGGGUGAGAGGAACAUCGCCCCAGCGAAACAGCAAGGCAGCAUUGGAAGUGGUGGGAGCUCAAGCAACUCUACCAGUAGUCCAGAAGAAGGUCCUUUUGAGGGUACUCUCACUACUCAUUUUACAAACGCUGGCGUGGCAGUCUUGGAAGCCCCAAAGGACGGCCCAAGUCAACAUGCUGAACGGUCCAAACGAUAUAUUGUGGAACAUGUUGACCUCGGAGCCUAUUACUACAGAAAGCACUUUUACCUCCGAGAACACUGGAACUACCUGGGGGUGGACGAGAACUUGGGCCCAGUGGCAGUGAGUCUCAGGAGGGAGAAGGUGGAGGAACACAAGGAACACGGCCAGCAGUACAACUACAGGGUCAUUUUCAGAACGAGUGAGUUAAACACCCUGCGGGGCUCCAUCAUAGAAGAUGCAGUGCCGUCGACGUCAAAACACGGCCUCGCACGAGGACUGCCCCUCAAAGAGGUGCUGGAGUACCUGGUGCCGGAACUGAAUGUUCACUGCCUGCGCUUGGCACUUAACACGCCCAAGGUCACUGAACAGUUGAUGAAGCUGGACGAGCAGGGGCUGUCUUUCCAGCGAAAGGUGGGGGUGAUGUACUGCAUGGCGGACCAGAGCAGCGAGGAAGAAAUGUAUAACAACGAAUCAGCUGGACUCGCAUUGGAGGAGUUCCUCCAUCUUUUGGGAGAGAGGGUUCGACUCAAAGGCUUUUCCAAGUACCGGGCCCAGCUGGACACCAAGACUGACUCAACUGGCACUCACUCCCUGUAUACCACACAUAAAGAUUAUGAGCUCAUGUUCCACGUUUCAACCAUGCUUCCCUACACGCCCAACAAUAAACAACAACUGCUGCGGAAGCGCCACAUCGGUAAUGACAUCGUCACCAUUGUGUUCCAGGAACCAGGAGCGCUCCCCUUCACCCCCAAAAACAUCCGUUCACACUUCCAACAUGUCUUUUUGGUCGUUCGGGUACACAAUCCCUGUUCUGACAACACCUCCUACAGCGUGGCAGUCACCCGGUCUAAAGACAUGCCAUUGUUCGGACCGCCUAUCCCGGAAGGCGUUACCUUUCCUAAGUCGUCGGUGUUCCGGGACUUCCUCCUCGCCAAGGUCAUCAAUGCGGAGAACGCUGCUCACAAGUCCCACAAAUUCCGCGCCAUGGCCACGCGAACACGCCAGGAGUACCUGCGGGACCUGGCCGAGCGGCAUACGACCAGCACGCCCAUCGACCCGUCUGGAAAGUUCCCCUUUAUCUCCCUGGCCCACAAGAAGAAGGAGAAGAGUCGUCCGUACGCCGGGGCUGAGCUGCGGAGCCUCGGGGCGAUUACUUGGCCGGUCCACGCGGAGGAUCACGGCACGGGAGGGGAGAUAGACGCCCUUCUGGCCCUCUCCAACGACUUCCUCAUCCUGCUGGACCACGAUGUCAAGGCCGUGGUGUUCAACUGCGCCACCAAAGAUGUGAUUGGCUGGACGCUGAGCAGCCCGGCAUCUUUACGGAUUUUCUACGAGCGCGGGGAAAGUGUAUCGCUAAGGAGUGUCAGUAACAACACGGAGGAUUUCAAAGAGGUGCUCAAACGACUGGAGUUCCUGACAAAGGGCUGUGAGACGUCGGAGAUGACACUCCGUCGAAAUGGCCUUGGACAGCUUGGCUUCCAUGUGAACUACGAAGGCAUUGUUGCCGAGGUGGAGCCAUACGGCUACGCGUGGCAGGCGGGGCUGCGACAGGGAAGUCGCUUGGUCGAAAUCUGCAAAGUCGCCGUCGCAACACUGACUCACGAGCAAAUGAUCGACCUGCUGCGCACCUCGGUCACCGUGCGUGUUUCCAUCAUCCCGCCGCACGAUGACGCCACCCCGCGCAGGGGCUGUUCAGAGCUUUACCGCAUGCCGAUGGCUGACUACAAGAGCAGCAGCGGCGAGAGCGGCUCCUUCGAGUACAAGUUCCCCUUCCGCAGCAACAACAACAAGUGGCAGAGAACUUCCAGUAGCCCGCAGCAGUCACUCACCGCCUCGCCGCAGCCCCAAACUCCCAACAGGGCCAUCAGCCUGGGGAGCUCGGUGGGCAAGACCCUGUCAGCUGAGAGGCUGGAGAGGGGAGCGGUCAUCCCACGCAGUGUCAGCAGUGAUGGACGCCCCCUGGACACCAAGAGGAUGUCUCCAGGCAGCGAGAGCUACAGUCUAGCUUCCUCGAUGGCUCUGGGACGCUCUCCUCAUAAUCGCAGCUCUCCCAGUAACCUGUCGUGUUCCAGCGACGCCUCUGGCAGCUCAGCACACUGGAGACAGAAGUCCAUGCCUGAGCAGUUUGCAGGGAGUCGCCAUUCUCCAAUGUCCAAUGAGAGACAGGUCGUCGUAGAAGCUGGGUCAGGUGGAAAAUCCACAUCCAAUUGGUCGAGAGGAAUGGAGGACGGAGGGCCUGAACGCGGGUCAACAGAGGCACAGGCCUCUAAAUCUGGGCAAGGCUAUUCCGGAGGACCUCGGAUCCAAAGACAAGAGCAGGUCAUCCACCUGUCCCCCAAGAAGAGCAGUCAGUCUGAUGGUCCUAACUCUGGACACUCUAGCAGUAACACUUUAUCAAGCACGGCUUCCAGCGGGGGUCACAGCGACAGCGAUAAGUGGUACGAGAUGGGGGCCGGCGGAGGUUCCAGCGGGGACCAGGGUGACCCGGAGCCCAACGGCCUCGGAGGCGGAGGCUACCUCCAGGGCGCCUCGGCCGACAGCGGCAUCGACACCAGCUCCUACGGGGCCUCGCACCACAACCACCCGCACUCUCACCACGGCAGCACCACCUCCCUGCUGGCGCCCAGCGGGGUUCGAGAGAGCGGGGGUCGAGAGAGCGGGGGUCGAGAGAGCAGGGAUCGCUCGCCGUGGCACAGCCCCACCGAAGGGGGACGCAGAAUGCUGGAGAGGUCGCCUGCGGCUGCCGAGUCCCCCGGUCCUCCGGGGGAGAGGAGCCUGGACGGCGCCGGUCGCAGCCCUCCCACUCAUCUACUCAUUCGUGACAGCAGCACCUUCAGUCUGAGUGAUGGUGGCUCUCACUCGAGGCACAGCUCCCCGAGGGAUGAAUCGUCUUCAAGCACAUCUCCAUCAUCCCAGUCUUCAGUGCCCCCUGGACCAAAGACCUUCUACCCUCGCCAAGGAGCUCAGUCCAAGUACCUGAUAGGCUGGAGGAAGCCUGGCUCCACCAUUAAUUCGGUUGACUUUGGAGACACACGCAAGAAAUCCCCAGGGGAAAGUGGCUUGGAUGUUAUUCCAACGCCAGCGGCCAGGCCUUCACUGAGGGACAUGCACUCACCACAGCCCCACGCCAAGUCGACUAUGGAGGAAGAUGUGAAGCGGCACGGUGCUCAGGACAGCCCUGUGCCGCCACGCAGAUAUAAGGACAAGUAUCCCCAGAAGUCUCCACCGAGCCAGCCUCCCAGCCGCCGUCGCUCGCUCCACCGUACGCUGUCGGACGAGAGCAUAUACCGAGGCCAGCGCCUCCCCGCCCUGACCGACUCGGUGGUCGAACCGACGCUCGGAGCCGACGUCCUCUUCAGCUGCUCCACCCUCCCGCGCUCUCCUACCACCCGGGGCGUGCCGCUUCGACGGCCCUCCUAUAAGCUAGGAGUCAAACUGCACGGCGACCUCUCAGCAUCCGACACGUCACUGGUGGAUUUGGUGGAGCGUCAGCGUGGGCCGCUGCCCCAGGAGCUGAUGCCCCUCCCAUCCUCUGACAGGGACAGCCCCCUGGACUGGACACACCUUGUGGAUGUGGCUAACACCUUUGAUAGUGAUAGAAACACUCACUAUGUCCAGAGAAGUUACGUGUUUGGGGAUUCCAACCACAGAAGCAGCGGCGCCUCCAGUCCUCAGCAACCGCACAUCGAGCUCCAACCUGCUCCCAUGUCCCGGCCCUCAUCUAGUGAGGGCCACAUAGGAUUGGAGAGGAAGGUGACAAAGCUUGAGGCCAUGGUGAAGAUGCUCCAGGAGGACCUCAAGAAGGAGCGCGACGAGAAGGUGCGACUUCAAGCUCAGAUCAAGAGGCUUUGGGAGGACAACCAGAGGCUUCAGGACGAGUCUCGGACCUCUGCUGCAAAGCUCAAGAAGUUCACCGAGUGGGUCUUCAACACCAUUGACAUGAACUGACGACACAUUGCUCCCAGGUAAACAAAACAACUGUUUUGGCCUGUCUGGAUCAAACAUUUCGAGCUUUUCUUCUCCCUAAUCUUUUUCACCACAAUAUCAAGAAAGGGAAUCCCCUCCCGAGGAACGUUUCUAGCUUGAAGUGAACUUAAGCCAUCGACUGACCCUCUUCUCUUUUUGUCCGCCUACUUUUUUCUUGUGCCAAAUCCAAGCCAGCAGCGGACUUCUUCUUUCCUCCCCAACGCACAGAGAAUGUAACAAUCCUGCAGGCCCGACCAUUCGCUGUUCACUGGAACACGACCCUUCACGGCUGCGCGGAGACGAGGGCUUUUUACUCCAAAAUGGAGGUUGUUUUGAACGAUCCUCGGUUGUUUCUCCGCCGAAAGGGGAAAAUAAAUUGUGAGUUCCGGUGUUAAUCUCCCGAUGACAAAGGAAUAUGUUGAAAAGCCAUCGGCAGCGGUGCCACGCCAUAAAACGCAGAGUGCAAUCGGGAGACGGCAGGAAAAAGGAAGCAAAAUACAUUCCUAUGAACACAAAAUCUGCUCACAACGAGAAGACUCCGGAAUAAAGUCGUAACCUUCUGGGGGACGGUUGACUAUGAAGGGUUUAUUUAUUUCCUUGUACUAUAAUUCCAAUAAAUAAGUUGCUCUAUUCGUACAGUACAAUUGGCAUCCGUGUUUAGUUCCGAAAGAAACAAAAAAAAAUGAAUGGCUUUCUUUCUUAAACCUGGCUGUCUUCUUUUGAACUGCGUAUUUCUAUCAGUCCCUCCAGUAGUUUGCAGUAUUUGUUUAUUUAAGUCACGGACUUAAAUGGCUGAGUUCGCGCCACCUUUCUCUGGAAGUCGCGGUUGAAUUUGCAAUGUUUUGAUGUUUUACUCGUUUUAUAGAAUAGAAAAGAAUGGACUUUAUUGCCAUUAUAUUUGCAUAUAACGAGAAUUAUCGGUAUCGUUUUUUUUAUUGGUAUCGUUUUUGUUUUGUUUUUUUGUUUGUUUUUGAUUAAAUCAACAUAAAAAACACAAGAUACACUUACAAUUACUACACCAACCGAAAAAACCUCCCUCCCCCAUUUACACUCAUUCACACCACUUCACACAAAUGGGUUGUUUCUUUCUGUUAUUAAUAUUCUGGUUCCUACAUUAUAUAUCAAUACAGUCUGCAAGGGAUACAGUCCGUAAGCGCACAUGAUUGUGCUGGUCCACUAAUAGUACUAACCUUUAACAGUUAAUUUUACUCAUUUUCAUUAAUUACUAGUUUCUAUCUAACUGUUUUUAUAUUGUUUGACUUUCUUUUUUAUUCAAGAAAAUGUUUUUAAUUUAUUUAUCUUAUUUUAUUUUAUACUUUUUUUUUAAAAAGGACCUUAUCUUCACCAUACCUGGUUGUCCAAAUUAGGCAUAAUAAUGUGUUAAUUCCACGACUGUAUCUAUCGGUUGAUAUCGGUAUCGGUAAUUAAAGAGUUGGACAAUAUCGGAAUAGCGGAUAUCGGCAAAAAGCCAUUAUCGGACAUCCCUAAUAAAUAAUAAAAUAAAAUAAAUUACACAACAGGCAAUAAAGAAAAAACAAACAAUCGAAAUAAACAGACUACUAUCAAAUAAGAAUAAUAAGCAAUCCUGUACAAUAUACAAAACACUAUAGAAAUACAAAAUACUGUACAAUAUACAGAACAAGACAAGCGUACCGGAGUAAUAAAUAACAAUCAGUCGGACGUAUUGCACUCGAAGGGUAAUAUUGGGUAUUAGGGUAGGAUAUUGUAUAGGGGUGAAUUAUUAUUAUAAGUUAUAGCACACAGUCUUAAAGUAUGCGGGUGAAACAAAAAAAAAGGAACAUUGUGCAAAGGUUCAUUCAUACCAGCAAUUAUCCUAGCAGGCACAAGACAUUGAUACAACGUUGAUUAUACAUACAUGUCCUUUCAAACUGACUUUGAAACAACGUUGCAAAAUAGUCGUAUUUGUAAAUUGAGAUAACGUUGAUGUCCAACGUUGGAUCCACGCUGUUGGUUGGGAAAUGACCGAAUUUCAACGUCACAACUUGGCAUUGGAUAAACGUUGUCAAAAAGCAUGUUGUUUUAACGUUGUAUUUGUGUUGGAAAAUGACCGAAAUUCAAUGUUCAAAUCAACGUCAGAACCCAACAUUGAUUAAACGUUGUCAAAAAGCAUGUUGUUUCAACGUUAUGUUUGAGUUGCUCAACGUCAGGACCUAACUCUCAACGUUGUUUUAUUGUCUUGUGUCUGCUGGGUAGGUUUACAAGGUGGAGGGAACUAAUAUAUAAUAAUAGGCCAGGGGUGUUUUGGUGAACAUUGAAGGUCCCGAGCACCCAAAACCGUCUCAGUCACUAAAAUGUUAAAAAUACGUUUUAUAUUAAUAUUUUUUUUUACUUUCAACACCUACAUUUCUAUUGAUCAACUCCAGAUCUGGCCGUCGCCAUAAAGUAUUUUUUAAAAAUGUUUUACACCCUUUUUGUUGGUGCAAAAACACAAAAUAUGCAAUAUUUUCCCCAAAAUAUUUUUCCAAAAUGUAAUAUUUAAUUUGAUGUAAUUUGAACUUUAAGUAGGCAAAUAAUUCAUAACACUGCUUUUGGUCAUUAUUAUUUUUUCAACAAUUGCGGUUUUUAAAAAAUCAGCCUAGAGGUUUUGUUUUGGGUAUCCAAAUGGCCCCCACUAAAGUGUUAAAAAAAUAAGUCAUUUAUUACUUUUUUAAAAAACUUUCAACACUUAAAUAUCUAUUGAUCAACUUUAGAUCUACCGUCACCAUAAAGUUAAUUUUUUAAAUGUUUUAUGCCCUUUUUCUUUUGUGAAAGAAAAAAGUUUUUUUAUGGCAAAAACACAAAACAUGCAAUAUUUUCCACAAAACAUUUUUCAAAAUAUAUAAUAUAAUAUUUCAUGCAAUGUAUUUUGAGCCUUAAAUAGGCACUAAAUGUUCAAAAUAAGUUGUAUUUUAAUGACUCAUUUUUACUUUUAAUAAUCAACUUCACAUCUAUCAUCGAUUUUAACUUUAUUAUUUUUUCAGCAAUAGACUGUUUCAAAGUAAAAAAAACUGCCGACGUGGCAGCUUUGUGUUACUUAUUAAUGUCAAUAUUGCAACAUUUUCUCGUUACAGUUCACCUGUUUGCUCUUUUAUUCCACUUCUUGUAGUAGUAUUUUCAGAAUGUGCCAGGGGAUGUUCUACGGACACCUCUGUGAUCGGCUCAAAACAUGCAACUUCAAAUAUUUCCAAAAUGUGGAUUUUUUUUUAGAUAAUUAUGGCUUACAACUUGUGAAAACCCUCAAAUGGAAAAUUUCAGAAAAUGUUGGGUUUUUUUUUUCAAAAACUGUAAAGCAGUGGUUUUCAAACUUUUUUCACUCAAAAAACUUUGCUCUACAAGUACCACCAUAAUGACCAAUAUUACAACACAGUAGCAUUAUAGGCCUUAGUAUUCAGUAAAUACAAGUCCAAGGUUUUUUUUACCAAGUAUAUUUAGUAUUUUUGCUUUGUUUGAAUGUAGGAAAUUAAAACACUGUACUAAAUGGAGCCCGCGUACCACAGCUUGAAAAUCACUACUGUAAACCAUGAUCAUCAAAAUUAUAACAAAUAAAAGCUGGAAAUAUUUCAUUUUACAUGUAAUGAGUUUAUAUCUCAUUUGAAGUCAAAUUGCUGCCAUAAAUGGACUUUUACCCAAUAUUCUAAAUUUUUGAGUUUCACGUGUACACUAGGUGGCGGUAAAAACACAUACUCUGAACUCAGUGUCAGAUUACUGUUUUAUUUCAUUCUAACUAAUAAUAGUAAUAAUUAAUCAUGAAUACAAAAAUAAACACCUCCAAAGGCGUCCUUAUUGUCCUUAUUGUCGUCCAGAAGUUGGAGACAUUCUCUGUGUAUGUUUUACACUUGAAAAGUCUUUGUCCGUCUUCAACAUUCAUUUAUAUUCCAGCAUUUUACCCCCUGCACAUUUAAGCGCAAUUGAGAUACAGCGUUGUAAAUACUAGUAUGUUCCGGAUAAACAAAGGUGAGAUAAAUCUAAUAAAUACUGGACAUGUAAACGAGGAAAGUGUGUUGCUCAAUGUUUAUAUAAUACAUUACCCAGAAGGCUUAGUGUUGCAGACAGGAACCGAGGUACACUUGUGUUGUUCGGGCCAUCAAUAGUUGAUCAAUUGUCAAAUGUUGUCGUUCCUGCUUCGGCUAAAUUAGACCGUUGACGUGCGCUCAGAAACAAAUUUAAUGACGAAUAUAGCGUCAAUUGGCUACUUUUGAACAAAGUAGCGAGGCCGUGCGUGAUCCGCGGGCAUUGGCCGAAAUCGGCGCGACGGCAACACUGCCAAUUCCUGGAGGGACUGUAUUUUGUUGUACUUUGUGGUGCUCCAGCCUGAUGUUGUGUUGCUUUCAGCGGCCACUAGUGGUUAUUUAAUGUUGGUUAGAAACACUUGGUAUGGUGGGUCGACGUAUGCCAGCUUUUAGACAAUCAUAGGUAGAUUUGUUUUGCCUAAAAGGAGCUUAUUGUUUCACUUCUAUACUUAAUCCCUCAGGUCGGUGAACAUGAGGACGCGCUGAGAAAUUCCAAGAUUAUCUAACUAAAUUUAUCUUUGAAUACAAAAAAAAAAAAAAGUAUAUAUAUAUAGUGCGUGUGUGUGAGGUCAUAGCGUGAAUGUACAUCAGUCUAUCCAGCUGUGCCUAGUCACUGUGGUCAUUUCCUCCAGGGGCCAACGUGCCUUUGAGACAGCACCUGGGCAACACAUGAAAGUGAAACCUUCUCUCCAUCGCACACAAACACGCAGGAAAAAGAAUAUCUCAUAAUAAUCACAAUGGUUGGAGGGUGACCGGCAGGAUACAUUAUGGUUGUCUAUAAUAUUUUCCUCUUGCAACACAAAAACACUGUCGUGCUGCACCUUUUAAUUGUGGCAAACCGCAAAUAAUGCCCGUUUUCUCUACCAAUUCACCACAAUUUAAUUAUCUUUAUUUUAUUUAUUUUUUUACAUAUGAAUCGAUUGCAGGAUGCAUUGUUUGUACCUGACGUGUAAUGUGAGAUUUUUAACAGCAGGUCUCGUCAAAGCGUCUCACUGCUGGGAGAUGGAAAGUGAUUUGACUUGUCAGACAGCGCCCUCUGCUGGACUCAAAAAGUAGCUGCAGAACCUUUUUGAAAGGGCAAAUAAGAAAAAGAAAUACUUAAAUGUGUCCUUAAUUAAUUAUAGUUGGAAUUAAAAAAAAAAAAAAGGUUUUAAUUUGUUAUUAAUGUAUUGACUGAUUUAAUUUAAUUUAUGAUUUUAUUACUUCAGGCCUUAAAUAUUUCAAUAUUUAUAUUAUUUCAUGAUUGAUGUAUUUCAUGAUUUAAUUAUUUCAGAAUGUAAUUGUUUCAAUACAUAAUUAUUUUUUAAAUUUAAUUAUUUCAUUAAUGAAUUAUUCAAUUUAUUUCAUUAUUAAAUGUAUUAUUUAAAUAUGUAUUUCAUGAUUUAAUUAUAUCAGGAUUCCAAUAUAUCAUGGUUUAAUUAUUGAAUUAAUGAUUUGAUUUAAUUAUUUCAUGACUAAAUUUUCAUGAUUUAAUUAUUUGAAUAUGUAUUUCAUGAAUUAUUUCACGAUUCAAUUAUAUCAUGAUUUCAUUAUUUCAUGAUUUAAUAAUUUAUUUUGUUUAAGUAUUUAAUAAUUUAAAAAAACAUGAAAUAUUGAAAUAAUAAAAUAUUUGAUUAAAUGACAAAAUAAAUCAUUAAAUUAUCAAAUACAUAAAUGAUAAAAUUAAUUAAUGUCGUUUUACAAUAAAUACAUUGACACAUUUAAUAACAUAUGUAUUUAAUUCCAAUUCUAAUUAAUGACAUAUUUAAAUAAUUGUUUGAAUAUUAAAAAAAAAAAAUCCCCAGUUGAUAGUUCCAUCAAACCACUUCUUAUUUGAAUUGCCAAAAAAUAACCCAUUUCCAACUCAAAGCAGAGAAAACAAACUGAAUAACUGGGCAAUGAUCUCGUAAAAUCUUUUUCCUCCACUAGGUGUCAGACUGCAACUUAAAUAUUCCGGCAUGUCAUCACUCACAAACACAUUUCUCUCUGAUGCACGUUAUCAUUUAGUCAGAAAAACGCACAAAAUUACUUGCACAACAGCGACAAAAAAAAAAAAAACUUUGUCAGAAUUUGUCAUAUUUUCCUAAAAAAAUUCACGACUUCUGUGAAAAAUAUUGACCCAUUCAAAACAACAUUUUUGCCAUGAUUUCCGUCAAUAAAAUGAAUAAAUAAGACAUAAAGUACACAACCUCCAUUUCUACUUCUGUAACAUUUUACUUUUAGUCCAAAAUCGUACUAAAUAAGCAACAACAAAAAAACACCUUCAAAAUUAGCUCCUUUGCUUGCUAACUCGGCCAACAGUUGAACCACGUUUUUUGUUUUUAAAAGCAUUUCUUCGGCGCACUGGUGUAUGUGUGAGUGACGGGUAGAAAAGCUCUGACUCGCUUGGGAAGAAGUCCGUCUAAAUAUGAGAUUUUUGUCAGGUAAAAAAAAAUACCGUCUUACAUUCGGGUGAUUGCGGUAUUUCCCUUCACACACGCGCCAGCGUUAGGAGCAGGUGGCAUCGACGCUAGUGGCGCACGCUGACCACCAUAAUAUUCCAACACGUUCCGAAUGUCGACUCUUUGAUGUUUACGCCACAAAAGGUUCUGUUUUAAGAAUCGCGACAUGAAUCUAAUUGUUGAUUUGCCAAUGAGGUUGUACAUUUCCAUUUAGUUUGCCUUCUUAUUCUGUGGUCAUGUGAAACACUUCCAAAAAAAAAAAAGACCCUUGUCAGAUUGUGACUGAAUUGUGAAUAUAGAUAAUAAUCCCUAUUUUGUUGAACAUGCAAAGUGCUCCAGAUUUUGUAACAUGUCUGACCCACGUCAAAUGUUGUCUCCUCACUCCUUCUACUUUAUCCAGUAUUGUUUAUUUUCAUUUUGUAAAAAACCUUUGCACUUUUUCCUUCUUUUUUUUUUGUCAAACAAAUGGAGUUUACAUAUUUUGGAUGACGGCGUGACAACGAGCCGUGCGUUCCGCGCAAACCUUAUCGUCGUUUUUCCACGUCGUUACAGUUUCCGACCAACAGAGGGAGGUGCUCGCCUUUUCCGAAAUUGGAAAACAAAAAUCUUAUUUUUAGUCCCCACCCCUCCAAAAAAAAAGAAAAAAAAAAGAGAUCAUAGCAGGUGUGAGAUAGUUCACAAUGAAGUGACGCUCUAUUUGGACGUUUUUAACCAGCCGUGAUGUGUGACGUAACCAUGACAACCGUGGAACUUUACACAGAACUGAAGCUGUUUUGUCUAUUUGGUUUAUGUGAAAUGUAAAGGUCUGAAAAAGACAUUUGCAGUGAUUACAGUUUCUGAAAUAAAUAAUUCCAUCAUGAGUUUGUGCCGCUUCUUUAUUUUCUGUAUGUGCAUAUUUAAUAUACCAUAUUUUUCGGCUUUUCGGACUAUAAAGCGCACUUAAAGUAAUUUCAUCUUCUCAAAAAUUGACAGUAUGCCUUAUAACCCGGUGCACCUUAUGUAUGUUCUAAUCCUUGUUGUGCUUAUCGACCUUGAAGCGAUUUAAUUUGGUACAUGGUGUAAUAAGUGUGAAUAGUAGAUGGCAGUAACACAUAAGCGAGUGGACUGCAGGUUGAUGCCUGUUCAAUAGAUGACUGUAAGGAAGCAUCACCAAAACUUUUGAUUUUCCAUUGAGAAUAUAGAACAUCACAAAAAAUGUUUAUUACGACUUUGCUAAGCUACGAAACCACACCGCUUGAUGGAACGCCAAGCAUGAUGGCUACCAUAGUCAGACGUGCUGUGCUUCAACAUACAGGUAUUAUUAUGGUGUGUAUAAGGAGCCCAAAAUGGCAUCUAUUAGGAGACAUUAUCUGGCGUUUUGUUUCGUAAUAUUAUGCAAAACCAACUUUUCCUACCUAUUGGUACCUGCUGAUGUGUAUUUGGGAUCUGCAUAAGUUCUGAAAAUUUGCGCAAGUCCGCCAUUGUAGUCCGCGCCGUAGUCAAUAAGGUUGUUUUUUUUCCUCGAUCCUCUUGUUAUGGUUUAUUCAUCCCCCGCUGUUGCCAUUUGUAAUACAAAGUAAUGUACAGUUCUAACUUAUAUCCAUCAGUAGACUCGCUAUGGAAGUGCUAAAAACUACCGGUACAACUAAGAUGACGGGGAGAAGACGCUGUCAAAGUGGAGGCACGUAAAUAAAACCGCCCACAAAACGGUGCAUCCUGAAGAGAAUGUCAGAAAGCGGCUUGAAGAUGGUCUGUAAAACAUCAUCUAUGCAACAUUUAGACCAAAGAACCACCAUUACAUGUUAUGUAGACCACAAGGAAGUGUUUUAUAUGUAGAAAAAAACAAAUCAGAACAUGACCCCUUUAAUGCGCCUUAUAAUCCGGUGCGUCAUAUGGUCCAAAAAACACGGUAAGCACUGUCAUUUGUUUCUCUUAUGUCUGAUUGCCCUAC